CCGCCAUCUCUUCAGGAUCCACUCAGUCCGCUGCCAACCUGCGGCUGAGGCGGACACGUGGACAGUUGCCCUCCGCCAGUGGUCGCUGCACCGCCUUCAACCUGUGCUGGCGAACAUUAAACUGCAAACAAUAGAAGUCUGCUUCUCAAACACGUUACAGUCUGGCACCCGUUCACCUCUACACUAAUUUAGAGUACUCAGGAAAUUCGCCAUGAGGAAGCAGGUGGCUGAAGAUGCAAGUCCGUCAGAAACUGCGCUUCUGAGGAAGGAGUGUGAGCUUUGUGGGGAAGACCCGGCGGGAGAAUACGGCAGCAGUUGUCACCAUCCGGAGGACUCUGCCUCCUCCACGUCGCCUGAGCCCAGUGACGGCUCCCGAGCUGCUCUGCUGCCACAGGUAAUGGCGACGGUCAUUGCAGCUCUCGUCCACGUGGACAUUGGGGCUAUGAUUGGCUUCCCUGCAGUGUCUCUACCACAACUCAUGGACCAAACUUCCGGCGACCUCGUACUGAGCACCUCACAGUCAGCCCUCUUUGGAAGCAUGAUGUUCUUGGGCGCCAUGUUGGGGUCCUCCAUUGUUGGUUUGCCUAUGGUGCGUUUGGGCCAGCGAGUGACGCUCCUGUUGGCUCUACCCUUAUCACUGACCAACUGGUUCGUCUUAGCCACCGCACCCACGGCCUGGCUCAUCUUGGCCUCCCGCUUCACUCAGGGCAUCGUCUUCAGCUUCCUGGCAAAUGCUUCCAUAACCUACGUAGCAGAGCUUGCCCACAGCACACUGCGAGGGAGCCUGUCCUCCAUUCUAGACCUUUCUCGUCAGAUUGGCAUUCUUCUGGUAUAUGCUAUAGGCAGCUCAAGUCUAAAUUGGCGAAAAGUGGCAAUGACGUGUGGAGUUUUAAACACUGUUAUUCCAUUUAUUGGACUGUUGAAAUUACCAAGCUCACCACGGUGGUUAGCCACGCGAGGAUAUAAUGACAGAGCUCUCAAAUCCUUAGUCUUCUUCCGGGGCUCAAGCUACGAUGUUCACAGCGAGAUGAUGGGCAUUACAGAGCAGCUCGGUACAACGUCAUCUGAUAGAAGAACUAUAUUAGAUCAGCUUCGAGAGCUUCGAAAGCCAUCGAUACUUAGAUAUAUUAUCAUCAUGUCAUUUGUUUUGUAUUUUUAUCACUUCAGUGGCACAAUGGUUAUUCCUACAUACAUCGUGGUUAUUGUAAACAUUGCAAAAGUUAAUAUAAGCUCGUAUUUGUGUGCCGUUGUUACAGGUAUUGUUCGAGUCAUAGGAACGUCGGUCUUUAUUUGCGUCAUAGAUAAGAUUGACCGCAAACCUUUAUUCGCAAUUUCUUUUGUUCUGUGCAGCUUGUGUUUGAUUGGAGUGGGCGUUUUCUUCUUUGAUCAGGUUCACGGCCAACACCUCAAAGACCACACCUGGUUACCAAUCACUUGCCUCGCAGUCUAUUCAUUUUUCUCUGUAUCUCCAAUUGUCACCGUUCUUCAAAGUGAACUUUUUCCGAGUUCUGUUCGUUCUGUCGUUGUUCCACUUUUAUUUAUAAUAUUCUUCAUUGGGGCAUUUACCACUGUAGAGGCGUAUCCUUACCUCGUGGAAGCGUUGGGGAUCUAUGGGGCGUUUUGGAUCUCUUCUGGUUGCAUCAUUCUUCUGGUUGUUAUUGUUGUCACUACUAUUCCCGAGACUCGAGGCAAAACUCUGGAGGAAAUAACAGAGUUUCAGACUCUGAGAAGUGCGUCCGGACACAGGUGUUUGAAGGGCUAGGAUUAUGUGAAUCCACUACAUAAAAUUCAUGGACAAUUUCUUUUGUAUUAUAGCAUACUUUUGCUGACACCUUACCUUUACCUUAACCGGUAAAUUAUUGUAGGCACAUGAUUUCUCACAGGGUUUUAUACUUAAUUGCUAAGAAUCUGCCCAAUCUGAAGACAAUGUUAACACUGCAGCACCAGUGUCCAAUUCCUAGGGAACUAGUUUACAAUUAAUUACAAAAUUCACCACUUCUGAGUUCACAGAACAUACCUUUUCUUUCAUCGAAUAUAGUAUGCUUUAAGUUUCCUCACCUGCAGCUUCUUCCAACGUUUUACUUUCCUCCACUGACUUGACCACUGUACCUUUACCUCUUCUUCCUGCAUUCCCAGGUCGUAUCCUCUCCAAGGCCUUGCUAUUUGUUUGUUUAUUUAUUUAUAUAUUUUUAUACAAGAAGGUACAUUGGGUUUGUGAGGAUACAUCGCAUAGUAUUCACAAUCUUGUAAAGCCACUAGUACGCGAUGCG